ACAAAAAAUUUAAUGAAAAUUAAUUUUAUGAAAGCAAUUUAAUUAAUAUAAUAAAAAAUAUUAAUUACAACAAAUAUAUAUAAUAAAAUAAUAUAUAUAUAUAGAAACGAAUAUAUUAACCAUUAUAUAAGCAUAUUAUAAAAUUAAAAAUUUAAAAAAAAUUAUUAUAGAACAAAAUCAUUAAAAAUAAUCAAAAAAAAAGGAAAAACUAAUUAUUUAAAAAUAUAAAAUUUAAUAUAAAUUAAAUUAAAUUAAAUUUAAAAAAAAAAACAAACUAAGAAUCGAGAUUUAUUUAGCUGGCCUGAGAUUAUUUUUCGUCUGAUCGCCUAAUUUUCUUUUUUUUAAAAUAAAAUAAUUUUAUUAUUAUUAAAAAUAAUUAAAAAUUUUAAUUGAAAACACUAUAAAGGAAAUAAAACAACAAUAACAACAACAAGAAGCGACACAAUUAAAUAUUUCGAUUGAAUAUUUUUUGUUUUAUGAAAAUAUUCCUAUAUAUAUAUAUAUAUUUUUACUAUUAAUAUAUAUACAACAUUAUAUAUACAUGCAUAAAGAUUUAAAUAUACUUCUAAAGUAAAUAAAGUUUUUGUGAAAAACAAACAAAAUAAAUUUUUUAAGUUUUUCAAAUUUUUAAUCCCGCGGCUUAUUGUGGAUAAACUAAUAUAUUUAAAUUAAGGUUGUAUUUAUUUAGGAUAAUAUGGCGCUUAUAAUCCUAUCGGGGUUUGGAGUGACCCUAAUGAAAUAUUUUUCACGCCAUUUAUAGAACGUUUUUUAAAGAUUUAAAAAUUGAAAUUUGAUGUCCUGCAGCGUUUCAGAGCUGCCAUCGGGGUGUCGACUCCGUGGCAUGGGCUCUGCAGCGCAAAGUGGUAGUAAUAUACCACUAACAACAUCUUCACGUAGUAGUGGUGGUGGUGGAGGAGGAGGUGGAGGCGGUGGCGGCGGUAGUGGAAUUAGUGGAAAUGGUGGAGGUAAUGGUAGUGGUGUUAGUGGGGGUGGUGGUGUUGGUAGUAGCGGUGCAAUAGCUGCAAAUAAUAGUGGUAGUAGUAGUACAGCAUUACAAGAACAAACAAAUGCUGGUCCAUUAAGAUCACAAAAACCAUGUUGUUUUUGUUGGUGUUGUUGUUGUUCGUGUUCAUGGGCUAAAUGGUAAGCAUUAAAAGAAAACAUAAUUUUUUAAUUUUUUUAAAUUACAAUGUAAAUUUUUAAUUUAUAAAUAUAAAAAUUGAAUAUUAAACAAUUUAAAACCAGAAUUCUGAGUAUACG